CUACUUUCGAAUAUUAAUAUCACGUGGUUAGUUGUGUAUAUUGGUUAUAAUUGCACGUGCAAUUUAUAUAAGUUUAUUUUUAAUUUUACGUGAAUUUUAAUAAUAUAAAUGUUUUAACGUGUCUUAUUAAUCUAAGGAUUUAAUAAGUGUUCUGGUGCUUUUAUAUAAAAAAAAGUAUUUGUACUUUUUUUGAACGAUAAAAUGGAACAAAUUAUUGUGCCACGAAUUGGUCCAUCAAUAUUAAAUGCAGAUCUUUCUGAAUUGCAUAUGGAAUCACAACGAUUAUUAGAUAAUGGUGCUGAUUAUCUUCAUUUAGACGUUAUGGAUGGACAUUUUGUUCCAAAUAUUAGUUUUGGCCAUCCAGUUGUUAAGUGUUUACGUAAUAAAAUUAAGGAUGCAUUUUUUGAAACUCAUAUGAUGGUUUCAAAACCCGAACAGUGGAUAGAACCAAUGGCUGAUGCAGGUGUAAAUCAAUAUACAUUCCAUAUUGAACCGGUAGACAAUGUUUCUUCAAUUUGCAGAAAAAUUAGAGAUGCUGGAAUGAAGGUUGGUAUUGCUUUAAAACCAGGAACUCUUGUGGACGUAGUAGAAAAAUAUGUAGAUGAAGUUGACGUUAUUCUUGUAAUGACAGUAGAACCAGGAUUUGGAGGACAAAAAUUUAUGGAGCCAAUGAUGAAAAAAGUUGAAUGGAUAAGAAAAAAUUUUCCCACAAUGAACAUUGAAGUUGAUGGUGGUGUUGGACCAAGUAACAUUAACGUUUGUGCGAAGGCUGGAGCAAAUAUGAUAGUAUCUGGAACUGCAGUGAUUAAAUCCAAUGAUCAGGCUAAAGUUAUAAAAAGUUUAAGAGAUGCCGUCAAUGAUGAGCUGGGAAAAAAAUGAAAUUGAGAAAAUUAAAUAUAUUUUAAAAUACUGUAUAAAAUACACGUAAAUUCAUAAAAAGAAUUAAAAAUAUUUUUUUGGGAUAAA